CGGCUGCGGUUCCUAUAGGAACGGAGGCGAGCGCGGCCUCCUGCCCGCGGAGCCGCCUCAGGGCCUGAGCCCCUGGCACCAGGUAAUUAUUUCAAGAUGCCUGGGGGUUCAGUGAUUUCGUUCAACUGUGUGGAUUCUUCUCUAUCGUCUCUGAAAAACUGCCAGUCAUACAUAAACACUGGGAUGGAUAUUGCUACUAAUGUUGCUCUUGACCUUGUGGAAAAUCGCAAUGAUGUAGAGGAGGUUAACAGUAUGGAAAGUGUGAUGUUAGAAUAUGCUGCAAUGGACAGAGAGCUAAACCAUUAUAUGCAAGCAGUUGAAGCUACAGUACAUCAGAUAAAACGAGACAAACCAGAAAAUAUACCAGAUCUAAAAGAUUUAGUAAAAGAAAAAUUCACUGCAUUGGAAAGCAAAAACGAUGACUCAGAUUUGAAAAGAAAUGAAAAAUAUAUACAUUUUAUGGAACAGCUUAAAAGAAUGAGAAAACAGUUUGGUCCCCGGACAGAUACUGAUGCAAAUGAGUCCAUUGAACAAAUAGAUGAAGAUAUAGCAGUGACUCAAAGUCAGAUGAACUUUAUUUGUCCUAUCACACAGAUGGAAAUGCAGAAGCCAGUUCGAAAUAAAGUCUGUGGCCAUACCUAUGAAGAAGAAGCCAUUCUAAAAAUUAUACAGCGUCGAGAAAAUCAAAAGAAAAAGGCACGCUGCCCUAAAAUUGGCUGUAGCCAUUUAGAUGUUAAGAGAUCAGAUCUUGUGCCAGAUAAAGCAUCUAAAAGAGCGAUUGACAGUCAGAAUAAACAAGCCCGAUCAAUGCCGUAGAAGUCAGCUGGACACACUGUUACCACAAAGAAAAUUUGUUAUUGGAGGUCUUGUGAGAUAAGCUGCUGAUUGUAAGCAGGUUGUGUAACUGAUUGUUAUUUGAAGUGUUUCAUUUGAAGGCAAAGUUGAAGGUGUCAGCUAUAACUGAAAGCAUUUCUUAAACUGCCAAGUGUGAAGCAUUCCAGAUUAACUUGUUUGUUUUUCUUCCUGAACCUCUAAAAUGUUGCAUUUUAUAAAUAAAAUGUAUA